CUCGCAUUCACUCCCUCACUCUUCUCAGCCGCCCUCCUCUCGCCGCCAUGUUUGACGGCGACGGACUCCGCAAGCGCCCGGGGCCCGCCCCUCGCCUUAUCCAAGGCCCAAAGUCUGGCCAGCGCAGCCUGUACCAACAGCAGGUUCUAGACGAAGACUCGUACACCGAGGCUCUGUCCCAUAUCAUCCAGCGCGACUUCUUUCCAAACCUCCCCCACCUCGUUGCCACAAACGAAUACCUCUCCGCGCUCGCUGAGAAUGACCCCGACAAGCUCCGCACCUCGAUUCGCAAGCUGGCCAAGCUCGCCCAGGACAAGGAGGAAGGUCGCUCACCAGGCCGUUCAGACCGAUUCGACGACACGCCGCGCAUCAACCGUCCCGUUGACAACGGCCGCACGCCUAUCGGCGGGCGCGGGUGGGAGACGCCAGCCACUGUGCGGCGGCCCGCGGAGGACGAGUUUGCCCCAGAGCCGGGACCGUCGCGCAAGAAGGCAAAACCGACCGUCCGCGACGACUUGAGCCUCGAUGCCUUCCAACGCAACUACACGUCCGAAGAUAACGCGAGUUUUGUGCACAUUAUCGAGGAGGAGAACCGCAUGCGCAAGGAGGAUGCGAAUGCGUGGGCUUUUGAAGUCGAGCGCGUGGCCGAAGGAAGGCGACUCGAGGGCGAGGAGAGGCGUAAAAUGAUCCUCGACGCAGCGACGAACGGUGAAUGGCGGGUCGACGUCAACGGGCGCCGCCUGAUCACUGGGUUAGGCAGUGGAGGAACGGACCGUGCGGAAGGGGAGGCGUGGAGGGAGCGCCGGAUGAUCGAGGCUAGGCCUCAAGAAUCAGAAACCGAGGCGGAGCAGGGGAAGAGCGACAAGAUCAAGGGCAAGGAGGCGGCAGGCCAGCCCAGCUCGGCGCUAGUCAAGAGCUCCGCGGGAGCAGUUAUCAAGGCCACCGACGCUUCGGCUGCCUCCGCUCUCCCGCCACCACCACUGCAAGAGGCAGAGCUUCCUGCGGAGCACCCGCUCUCUAAGGCGCUGGUCAAAGCCGGUCUUCCGCCUACAGCUCUUGUGUCGACCGAGGACGGCGCAAUCGUUCCACACCACGAAAGCGCCAGUGGAUCGGGCGAUGGACGAGGUCGUGGCGUGGCGGAGAAGGCGCGCCGCGACAAGCUGGAGAAAAGUGUGAUGGGUGACGAUGAGCCGGACGUGACCGGUGGGCGUGUGCAGCAAUGGCCGUUCAAGGCGAUGAACGGUCUCAUGUUCCCGCCAGACGCGUACACCAAGCCAUUUGAGCAGCAGCGACCGAACGUGUCGGCCACGCAUCCGCCGACGAUCUCACACCGCAACACGCGCAUCGCAGAUGAGGAGGAGGAAAGCGGCGCGGCGCCAUCUGUUCGAGGGAGCACGGUCGCUGAGUCAUGGGUUGACCGCGCAAUCUCAGGCGAGCGGGAAGCAUACGCGCUCCUGGAUGAGGCGGAUCCCGACCCAGAGGACCUGCCGCCACUGAUGACUUACGGUACACUGCUCGCAACACCGCGCGCGCUUGAUGGCUCGACCGACCCUCUCGACGGACCCAAGUUCAAGUUCCCCGAGCCGAAAGCCCGCGACGAACUGGGUCGCAAGCUUGGCACCAAGGCUGGCAAGGCGAUGUCGGACCGCGCGCGGGCUUACCAGAAGCCCUCGGGUGUAUCUGCGCUUCGUGCAGCGGCUGAGCGGACACGCUUGGCGGACCGCUCGAGCGGCGGGCGGAUGGGGCCGCCCGCCACGCCGCGGCGCGAGGGCAACCUAACGCCUGCAGCAAAGAGUCUUCUUGACCGCAGCCUUGGGCGUACGCCGCGGAGCGGGCUUGGGCUGAGCAGCGGGGGAAGUGCACGAAGUGCGGCGAUGGAGAAGGGGAGUGGAUGGGGAGGAGGCAGCCGCGGCGCACUGAGCUGGACGCCGAGUCCUGCGCCGCGCCGACCCAUGUAGAUUGUAGUCGCAACGACCAUAUGUAGCAUUUACUGUCUUG